UCUAUCAAAUAAUGUGUCAGUGUUGCAUAGGGGAUAGAGGCACAGUAACUACUCUAGCCAAACAAAGCUAGAUAAACAUAAAUAAAACAUAAAUAAAUAGAAAUAAAUAAAACAGAAAUGCAAUGUACCCAUAGAAAAUUUGAUUACCUUGUCACCACGAGUAAAAGUUGAUUCCAACUCCUGAAGAUAGCAAACCAGCUCUGAAGGAGAGUGAAAAUGCAGAUGAGACAGUUAUCAGAUAAUGGCUAUCUGGACAAGAGAGAUUCUUUCAUUUGUCAGCAGUUCGGUUGUUGGGAGUUCCAGUUUGGCUCCUGCCUAGUUGCUCUGUACAAAUCCUCCUCCAUAUUUGCUUAGAGAAAACGUGUUGCCAUCCCAUCGUAAAGGAAGCUGCCUGAGAGUUUUUAACCAUUACAGCUGUGAUGAUGAAAGAGUGAAGAACCGCCUCUAAGUUAAAAAGUGUACCCAGAGAUAAGGUUCAUUCUCAAUGCCCUGCUGCUGCUCCUGAUCGCAUGGCCAACGCACUUCUCAGGCCUGGCACACUGAGCAUCAGUCCUGCGCAUGACACUGUGCUUGAUGGUGGGGUUGCAGACAUGAGCAUAGACACGACAGACACUGUCCUCGCCAUCUACUGUUGAGUACUGAUUGGAACAAGAGGAUUGUCUGUAGACAGGAUACGGUCAUCAUGGCACCUAUAUUACUGAUUCUUUUGGGGGCCACUGAGAUACUACAAGCUGACUUACUUCCUGAUGAAAAGAUUGCACUUCUCCCACCUGUCAAUUUUACCAUUAAAGUUACUGGUUUGGCUCAAGUUCUUCUACAUUGGGAACCAAAUCCUGAUCAAGAGCAAAGGAAUGUUAAUCUAGAAUAUCAAGUGAAAAUAAACGCUCCAAAAGAAGAUGACUAUGAAACCAGAAUCACUGAAAGCAACUGUGUAACCAUCCUCCACCAAGGCUUUUCAGCAAGUGUGCGGACCAUCCUGCAGAACGACCACUCAUUUCUGGCCAGCAGCUGGGUUUCUGCUGAAGUUCAGGCUCCACCAGGGUCUCCCGGAACCUCAGCUGUGAAUUUAACCUGCACCACAAACACUACAGCAGAUAAUUAUUCACAUUUAAGGCCAUACCAAGUUUCCCUUCACUGCACCUGGCUUGUUGGCACAGAUGCCCCUGAGGACACGCAGUAUUUUCUCUACUACAGGUAUGGCUCUUGGACUGAAGAAUGCAAAGAAUACAGCAAAGACAUAUUGGAGAGAAAUAUCGCAUGCUGGUUUCCCAGGACUUUCAUCCACAGCAGAGGGCGUGACUGGCUUGUGGUUCUUGUUAAUGGCUCCAGCAAGCACACUGCCAUCAAGCCCUUUGAUCAGCUGUUUGCCCUUCACACCAUUGAUCAAAUAAAUCCUCCACUGAAUGUCACAGCAGAGAUUGAAGGAACUCGUCUCUCUAUCCAAUGGGAGAAACCAGUGUCUGCCUUUCCAAGCCAUUGCUUUGAUUAUGAAGUGAAAAUACACAAUACAAGGAAUGGAUAUUUACAGAUAGAAAAAAUGAUGACCAAUGCAUUCAUCUCAAUAAUUGAUGAUCUUUCUAAGUACGAUAUUCAAGUGAGAGCAGCAGUGAGCUCCAUGUGCAGAGAGGCAGGGCUCUGGAGUGAGUGGAGCCAACCUAUUUAUGUGGGAAAUGAUGAACAGAAGCCCUUGACAAAAUGGUUUCUCUUUGUGCUUAUGGCAACCAUCUGCUUGAUAUUGUUAAUUCUCUCGCUCAUCUGUAGAAUAUGUCAUUUAUGGACCAAGUUGUUUCCACCAAUUCCAGCACCAAAAAGUAAUAUCAAAGAUUUCUUUGUAACCCCUAACUAUGAGAAAGCUGGGUCCACUGAGACAGAAACUGAAGUCAUCAGUUAUAUAGAGAAGCUUGGAGUUGAGACCCUGGAGGAUUCUGUGUUUUGACUAGUUGCUGUGGCAUCCUCUGAUGAACUCACACACACAUGCCUCGGUGAAAAGAAGAACAGGGAUGCUGGUUCUUGGCUAAGAAGUGUUCAGAAUUUACGGAACACUCAGUUUAGCUGUGAGGCAAUACACCCAGACACACCAGUCUUUUGUCUCUUAAAAGUGUGGAUGCUUCAUCAAAAUCUCCUCGCCCACGGCAAAGAAGUUGAUUCAUCUAAGCAUUUUGCCAUGUUUUUUCUCUCCAUACUGUACGGGAUAGCACCUCCUCACCUGCUGAUCUUUGCAAUUUGCCUGACUUGCCUCAACCUUUUCUUUCACAAGAGACAGCUUUUAAGGCUAACGUCCAGCUGCAUUUACUUCUGGCAGUGCCUUUUUGGCUGUUUAAGCUGCCAAUGGUAGCACUCAGCUACAAUCUGAGGAAGAAAGCAUUUGCCUGUUGUGAAUCAUGAGCUUGGAUUCAAGACUACCUUUCCUAUAGCAAGUGAGAGGCACAAAUUUCUGGUGCUUUCCUCACCCCCUACAUUCUAGAAUGAUCUUUUUCCAGGUAGAGUGUUUAUGUAUGAGAGAGAAUGAGAGAGAGAGAAAUUAUUUCAGCUUCAGAGGCCUGAUCCAGGAAGUGUUAUUUAAAAACAAUUUAAAAGCAUGAAGAGCUAUGCUAUCACUCUGUAUUAAAAGAGAGGACAGGAUUUUGUUCAAAGAUUAUAUUCUUGAAGGAAGCCUUAAUAUUCUGGAAAUAUGCUAAGAAAGGCAUUGAGCAUAAUUCAAUCAUGAAAGGGACCACUGAAUCAAGAAUGAACUUUCUGAAGAGAUGUUUGCUGCCAAAGACGUCAAAGCAACUUGAUGGUCAAGUAAUGGGAGGUCAAUCCUAGUUUCUCAAGUUUGGAAAGGUUUCUACAAGGCCAUCCAUCAGAUAUCCCAAUAUAUACAGAAAUUCUUUUUCCUAACAUAUUCAUAUGAAUCUGCCUCCAGAUUGGAGGCCUUUGUGAUGGGUGAUGGGCUGUAGGUGGAGCCAAGUACAGGAAUGUCCUGGGCAGAGAUGGGCAAUAGGGAGGAACUCAAACAGUGCUGACUCUACACGUCCCUGGGUCAAGAAGCUGAAGGCUGAGAAAGGAGGUAACAGUGCCCAGGAAACCCGCAUGGGACACUCUAGAUGCUUUCUGGAGUUGGUUUAGUUAGUUUUGAUCCAUCAGUGGGGACACAUUGACCAUCAUGUUUGUUUUCCAAAUUAACCUAUAAUUAUCCACUGUAACUAGCAAAGGGUUGGACCUGGGGUAAUAGACAUAGAAACAUCUUGGAUCUUGACAAGCCUGCACUGUCUUAUAGUAAUCCGUAUUACUGCCCACAUUUUAUAGUUGCAGUCACUAAGAUUCAGAGAAGUUGAUAGGAAAUGGCAUAGUGUGGAGUUGAACACCAGGCUCAGGUGACCCCAGAAAUGUGGGGAGGAAUGUCAGGGAAAGCUGAGGCCUGCUUAGGGGUGUGGCUGAGUGGGCAAGGCCCAGGGAGGUGCAAUAAUUGGCAUAAUGUUUGGUGACUUGAGUGAUUCAGAAUCCCAAACCUGUUUUUUUUUUGUUUUUUUUGAGACAAAGUCUUGCUCUGUCAGUCAGGCUAGAGUAUAGUGACAUGAUCUUAGCUCACUGCAACCUCUACCUCCUGGGCUCAAGCAAUCCUCCUGCCUCAGCCUCCCGAGUAGCUGGGACUACAGGUGUAUACCGCCAUGCCCAGCUAAUUUUUGUAUUUUUUGUAGAGAUGGGGUUUUACCAUGCUGUCCAGGUUGGUCUCAAACUCCUGGGCUCAAGAGAUACACAGGCCUCAGCCUUCCAAAGUGCUGGGAUUACAGACAUGAGCCACUGUGCCCGGCCACGAAACUGUAUUUUUAAUGAACAUCUUGGGUCAGAAUCAGAGGCACCUGGAAGGCUCAUUAAGACAGAGGCGUGGGCUCCAUUCUUAGAGUCUCUGAUUGAACAGAUCAGGGUGGGGUCUGAAAAAUCUGCAGUUCUAACAAGUUCCCAGGUGAUGCUCAUGCUGCUGGUCCCCAGGACACAAUGAAAAACUGCUGCUCCGGGAGUCUUAUGAUUAUCAAAAUUUAAAAAUCAGGCACUGAAGGAAGAGGUGACAGAAAAUCCCUGCUCCCAAAAAACUGUCCUUUUGGGGAGACUUGGAUCUCCCUGUCUGAUCUCUUUCAAACCAGAGCCUAGACAGUUAGCAGUGUGGAAAUUGCCUCUGCCUAGGAGGCAGGAAGAGAAGCAGGGAGCUCCCCCACCACAAAUGUGGCCAGCUCUUCAGUGCUUGGUGUGGUGCCCACUUCAGAGACUCCUCCCUCCUCAGCAGCCAUCAAUCACCUGGGCUCUGCCAAGCUCCUUGCUACACUUCCCUGAGCUGAUACCAUUAUCUGGCCCUUGGUAUAUGUGUUUCAGGAGCAACACAACAUAGCCCAUGUAGCCUGCUUGGUGGAUUGGGAGCUUCUUCCUCCCUUCUUCGCUUGUGGAACUCAUAGUCAUUCUUUGGGAACCCAUAACCAUCAUUACUUCUUCAAUGAAGCCUUGAAAAGCAGACUUGGUUGACCCUGCCUUUGGAUUCUCAUUCUGGGCCUCAUCUCCAUGUUGGAGCUACUGCAUUUGCAGGAUAUACCAUUAACAGUUGGGAGGCCUCCCCUCUAGACUGUGAGUUCCAGGAAGAUGGAGCUUGUGUGAAAUACGUCUCUUUAUCUGCAGUGUCUAGGACAGUAUCUGACCUGAGAAAAUAUGUUUCUUAAACCCUGUCAGCACUGACACAGCACCUUAUAUACAGAUUAGACUUAACAGUAUUUGGCAGAGGUCCUCAAGGCCUGCGGUAACACAGGAGGAAGAUGGGUGUCCAAUGAGAAUGUGAUUGGAAGCAACUAGGAGACACAUGUGCCUAACCAUCAGGCUAGUGUGACCUGUAUGUUUUUACUGCCAAGGUGUCUAAAUUGUUAUGUAUAAAUUGCUAUGUAAGAGGCAUUUCAGAAGUGUCUUAUUCUGAGUGGUCUCUUCUGUUCUCACUAGCCUUGUUAUAGCAAGUCAGAGAGUUUGAAAUUCACUUAAUAGUAAACACCAUCAUCAGCAGGUUGAUGUAAGGUAAAGUCAUGGUAUUGGCUCCCACCUCUUGCCAUCUCCCACUGUGGCAGGGUAGAGAGUCACUUUCCUCCUAGAGCCUCCAGGGCCAUGGGAUCAGAACAAACAUGCUUUUCCAAGACAUGUGUUCCAAUAGGGAUUUUAGCCCAAUUUCUUUCCUUGGCAUUUGGAAUUCACUGCAUGCAGCCUGGGGGAAUGCUGGGGAGACUGGAGGGUGAAGGUCACGUAUGCCAACAGCCCGACCACCUGAGCCUCACUGAAAUGCCUCAGACCUCAAGCUAUUCAUGCAGGCUGGGGAAAAAUCCAUGUGGGCAAAGAACAUCCUGAUUAAAAAUCCAAACGUUUUCAUAGUGAGACUUAUAUGUGUCAAGACCAUCUGCUUGUGGAAUUAAUAAGCCUUAGGUGCUAAUUUAUUAAAUAAAAAGUAGAUAUCUGGAAGUGAGAACAGAGAACUGAAAACAAUCUUUGAUGGCACAAGUAAAGGUGAAAACCCUAAUUAGAAUAGGACUUGGUGCUAGCCUAAGGACUGUAGCUGUUCCUGCUCCCACAUCCUACAAAUUGAGUACCAGGGUGCAAUUUUUUUGAAAACCAUUCCUUUCUUUGGAAUUUUAUAUUGUACUGUGCUAAAAGACAACUUGUUUAUUUCCUGUUUUGUAGGUAAUAGAUGCUAAUGAAAAUAUGUUUCAGAAUGAGAAACAUUAAACAUAAAUGACAGUGAA